CAACCGGAAAAAUACUUAUUUCAUUUCCUCUGAAUAUUUUUGCUCGAACAGCUACACCGCACGGGGGAUUGAAAAGCAAUAAAGAUCGAUAUUUUUUUUUGUUGCAGUUUUGCAUCCCCAAGAAGUAGACAGAGUCUGCGGUCAACACAAACAUGUCGCACACAAUUUUGCUUGUCCAGCCGACCAAGAGACCUGAGGGCCGCACAUAUGCUGACUAUGAGUCAGUGAAUGAAUGUAUGGAAGGUGUUUGCAAAAUGUAUGAAGAGCAUCUGAAGAGGAUGAAUCCAAACAGUCCCUCCAUCACUUAUGACAUUAGUCAGUUGUUUGACUUUAUUGAUGACUUGGCCGAUCUUAGCUGUCUUGUGUACAGAGCUGACACCCAGACAUACCAACCAUAUAACAAAGACUGGAUCAAGGAGAAGAUAUAUGUCCUGCUGCGACGUCAGGCUCAGCAGGCAGCAAAGUAAAGGCAUCGGUGGAAGGUUGUCCUGCUACACACACCUUGAAGGAGUUUACACUGCUCUACAUUUCCACAGCAUCUUAUAGAUCUGUGUAUAUGGAAAACAUUGUCAUUUGGUGAGAGGUGGAUAUUCACAUUAUACUAUACAUGGGGAAUAGAGUGGGUUUGAAAAAUGAGGUAAGGUCAGAUAUAUUUGGGCUUUAUAUUGAAAUGGAGUGAUGCUCGGCAUAACGUGUAUGUUUGGUACAUCAUGAGGAGAGGGGGGUUAAUGGCUGUAAGAAAUAACUUAUUGGUGGAGAGGGUUUCCUGCUCGGAGAAGUGCUCCACAGGCUAGAUACAAAACAUUUCAGUUGUUAAAUUUUUAGUAGUGUGCUUUGCUGAAAAGUUGUGACGUUUUUUUUUUUUGAUACCUUUACUGGGCAGUUGGAUUCCAACAUGCUAUGGAUUUUGAAUGCAGGUGAUUUAUAUUUGAAUGAGUAAUUGUCUGCAGACUGACCCAUUAAUUCAACUGAUCCAGAAGAUGUCUUGUCCAUAUUUCAUCUGUUAUUAGUAAUUUUCCUAUAGCCUACUAUCAUGAUGUAAAGUGCUGUUAUUGUAAACAUUUUUCAAACUUUUUUUUUUUUUUUUUGCAGUAGCAUU